AUGGCAGAUGCUCUACAUUAUCUGCAUGGAAAGCAUGUUAUACAUCGUGAUAUAAAGCCAGAAAACCUUCUCGUAGGAAUCUCUGGUGAACUCAAAAUAGGUGACUUUGGAUGGUCAGUUCACGCUCCUUCAAAUAGAAGAACAACUCUCUGUGGAACACUGGAUUACUUGCCGCCAGAGAUGGUCGAGCAUAAACCCCAUACGGCCGCUGUAGACUUGUGGGCACUUGGGGUAUUGUGCUUCGAGUUUCUUGUAGGCUCUCCACCAUUUGAAGAGAUGAGCGGAGCGAAAGCCACUCAUCGGCGUAUCGCGAGAGUGGAUUUCACCAUUCCUGAUCACGUAUCUCCAGAGGCUGCAGACCUUAUUAAGAAGCUCCUACAAUAUACUCCGGCUGCUAGGAUACCGCUAGAGAAGGUUAUGAGACACCCUUGGAUAGUGAAAUAUGAAGAGCGAA